UGGAGAAAGGAACCCACUUCUGGGUUUCUGAGUCCGUACCGUUGGGAGCUCAAUCGGAUCGGGCGCCAUGGUGUCCGGCGGCGUGCUGCCAACAGCGACCGUCAUUGGCUGCUGGAUGUCGGGGCCGGUGCUGCUGGUUCUUUGGUCGAUCAUCUUCGCGCUUAGCUUGGACUGGUUCUGCCUCCUGGUCAUCCCCCUAUACCUCAUGAUGUUCAAGCUUCCCGACAGAAAGCUGCGCAUAGGCUUUUGGAUGGCAGUGAUGGCAUGGUGCUUCGUCGCGGAUGGAAGCUUGCGGAAGAUCUUCGCCUCCAUGGUGGCCAUCUUCGCGUGCCCGGUGAUCCUGGACUUCCGCUUGCCCUCCUGGCCUGAGUUUGUGGCCCUCAUGGAGACCACCGGAGAGUUCAAGAAGUACACGAAGCGCUGUGAGGUCCGCGGCACUGAGCUCGUCCACAAGGACAAAACGGUCUUCGCCUUCCACCCGCACGGCGCCAUCAGCUUCGCUUUCACGGUGAACGGCAUCUUCGACUCGGAGUUCCUCGAAAAGUCGACGAAGCUGUCCUUCCUGAUUGACGACUUUCUCCGGAAUGGCAACCCGGUCUUCCGGCUGCUCUGCGAUGUGUAUCGGGCACCCCGUCGCCAGAUCGUGAGCGCAGACAAGAACACCAUCCGCCGCUUGAUGACUGAAGGCAGCAACGUGGCACUGGUGCUUGGCGGAUUUGAGGAAGCCACGGUGUGCGACACCGGCAAAGACCGUGUGGUGCUCAAGUCCAGGAAGGGCAUCGUGAAGUACUGCCUGCAGCAUGGCUAUCGGCUCCAGCCGGUGUACUCCUUUGGGGAGGAUGAGACUUACACCUUCGCUCAAGGUUUGCGGGACUUUCGGCUCUGGUUGAACAGCUUCAAGGUCCCGGCGGUGGCCUUUUUUGGGAAUCCAGUGGCGCCUUGGCUGCCCAAGCGCCAGGCAAAGAUCCUCACGGUCAUCGGGGAGGCCGUGCAGUGCCCUCAUAUCCCAGAGCCCUCGCCUGAAGAGGUGAACAAGUGGCAGCAGGAGUACGCCAAAGCCCUGACGGCCACCUUCAACAAGUGGAAGAAGGAGGCUGGGCGAGCGGAGGCUGAGCUGGAGAUCUUCUGACGGAAGAUAUGGCUCUGAAUGUUGGCUUUGAAAGUGCUUUGAUUUGUUUAAAGUCCAGGGGAGUAGAUGGGGGGUGGGGUCCCUCCAUUUCUCCUUUUCUGGAGACCCCAAAGUGGCCGAAUUGAAGCCCUCUCCCGGAAGUCAGGCUUGCUGACUCCGGACGUUCCAAAAAAAGAGCGCAGGGGUGCUCCGAGUCUUGAAAUCCGA